AUGUCUACACCACAGCUCGCCACAUUCAAGGUCACUCCUUCUCAUCCUGGAUCAUGUCGGCAGCGAACCUAUGCUGCAGGGACAGUAGAGCGCAAGGGUCUCGAAGCUGCACUUGCUCAGAUGCAACAGGAACUUCCAUUCGAGGUUCCAUGUAUCGUCAAUGGCUCACCGAUCAAAACCGGUAAACUUGCCAAGCAGCCCAUACCCUCCGAUCACGCCCGUCAUCUCUGCAUAUACCACGAGGCAGAUGAAGCGACUGUAGCCAGCGCGAUUGAUGGUGCUCUUGCCGCCAAAGCUGAGUGGGAGGCCAUGCCUUGGAACGAUCGCGCCGCCAUCUUCCUGCGUGCUGCAGAGCUUGUUAGCGGCAAGUACCGUUACAAAUUGGUAGCAGCUACUAUGCUUGGUCAAGGCAAGAACGCGUGGCAGGCCGAGAUCGAUGCUGCCGCAGAGCUUUCCGAUUUCUUCCGUUUCGGCGUCAAAUAUGUUGAGGAACUCUACGCACAACAGCCUCCUAAGAACGCGGCAGGAUCAUGGAACCGCGUCGAGUAUCGUGCGCUGGAAGGAUUUGUUCUUGCUGUUUCGCCAUUCAACUUCACAGCGAUCGGUGGUAACCUUCCAGGUGUUCCCGCAAUCGUCGGUAACACAGUCGUAUGGAAACCUUCACCAGCGGCCACGUAUUCCAACUACUUGAUCUAUCAGAUCCUCGCGGAGGCUGGUGUUCCAGCCGGCGUCAUCCAGUUCGUUCCCGGACCACCUCCAGAAGUCGUCGCACAGGCGAUAUCGCACCCCAACUUUGCAGCGCUCCACUUCACAGGCAGCACGUUUAUAUUCAAGAAGCUAUGGAAAGACAUCGCCGCAAACCUGAACAAGUACAAGGGGUAUCCGAGAAUCGUUGGUGAGACAGGAGGAAAGAACUUCCACGUCAUCCACAAGUCGGCAGAGAUCCGAAAUGCAGUUUUGCAGACCAUUCGAGGUGGCUUCGAGUAUCAAGGACAAAAAUGCUCUGCGUUGUCACGGCUAUAUGUUUCUUCUUCGCUUUGGUCAUCUGGAUUCAAAGAUCUGCUCCUGUCUGAGGUUGCGAAGAUCAAAAUCGGGUCACCAUCAGACUUCGGCAACUUUAUGGGACCGGUGAUAGGUCGUCCGGCUUAUGACAAAAUAAUUGGCUUCAUCCAGAAAGCCAAGGAUGCGGGAGGGGAGGUUCUUAUCGGGGGCACUGGCGAUGACUCCAAGGGCUACUUCAUACAGCCCACGGUCAUUCUAACCAGAGAUCCUGAAUCAGUCACCAUGACAGAAGAGAUCUUUGGUCCUGUCAUCACUGUAAUGGUUUUUCGUUCGCAAAUGCGGCCAGAUGUACUAACAACUUUCCAGGUUUAUAUGUACGACGACGCGAAUUAUGAGCAGACUCUGGAACUGAUCGACAACACCUCGCCUUAUGCCCUGACCGGCUCUAUCUUUGCCGCAGACCGCAAGGCCCUUCUGACCGCCACAAACAAGCUACGCAACGCUGCCGGCAACGUUUAUUACAAUGAGAAAUGUACCGGCGCGGUCGUGGGUCAGCAACCCUUUGGAGGAGGACGAGCAAGUGGGACCAACGACAAAGCUGGGAGUAUUAGCAUCUUCUACCGAUUCGUUUCUGCGAGAAGCAUAAAGGAGAACUUCGUGGGCCUGGAGGACUUCCAAUACCCGUCGAACUUGAUUUGAUUUAAUGAGAAUCAAUAACAAUGCUAGUAAUCGAUGUUGUAUCAAUCAGAGAAUCAUGUUGUUACCUGUAUUCGAUGAGAAAUGUUUAUGGAGGACAAAUUUGAAAGUA